AUGAUGCUUCGGCUGCUGCUAGUUCUGUCCAUUUGGGUGGGAUCCUAUCAAGCUGACUCUGCCCAGUCUGAACGGCGAGUUGUAACACACGUACCUGGUGACAUCAUCAUUGGAGCCUUGUUCUCCGUCCACCAUCAGCCUCCUGCUGACAAGGUACAUGAACGCAAGUGUGGCGCGGUGCGAGAACAGUAUGGCAUCCAGAGGGUGGAGGCCAUGAUGUACACACUGGACCGCAUCAACAGUGACCCACACAUCCUUCCCAACAUCUCCCUGGGCUGCGAGAUCCGGGACUCCUGCUGGCACUCAGCUGUGGCUCUGGAACAGAGCAUCGAGUUCAUACGGGAUUCGCUUGUCUCCUCUGAUGAGGCCGAGGAGUGGGGUGGAGGAGGUUCCUGGGGAGGACGAGGCGGCGGCGGCGGCGCGACGAUGAAGUGUGCAGACCCCUCUGCUACUCCAAUGCGGGGGAAGAAACCCAUCGUUGGUUUAAUUGGACCGGGGUCAAGCUCAGUGGCCAUCCAGGUCCAGAACCUUCUACAACUGUUCAACAUACCACAGAUUGCCUACUCUGCCACCAGUAUGGACCUCAGCGAUAAGAGCCUUUAUAAGUACUUUAUGCGGGUGGUGCCUUCGGAUGCCCAGCAGGCAAGAGCUAUGGUGGACAUUGUCAAGAGAUACAACUGGAGCUACGUGUCUGCUAUACACACUGAAGGCAAUUAUGGUGAAAGUGGGAUGGAAGCUUUCAAGGACAUGGCAGCAAAGGAGGGCAUCUGUAUCGCCCACUCUGGUAAAAUCUGGAGCAAUGCUGGAGAGCAGAGCUUUGAUCGGCUGCUGGAGAGACUGAGGGGCCACCUGCCUAAAGCCAGGGUGGUGGCAUGUUUCUGUGAAGGCAUGACUGUCCGCAACAUCCUCAUGGCUAUGAGACGCCAGGGGCUGGUAGGAGAGUUCCUACUCAUCGGCAGUGACGGAUGGGCAGACCGGUAUGAUGUAACAGAUGGCUACGUUAGGGAAGCGGCGGGUGGUAUUACCAUCAAGCUCCAGUCGGCUGAUGUGAAGUGGUUUGAUGAGUACUACCUUAAACUUCGCCCUGAAAACAACCAAAGGAACCCCUGGUUUCCAGAGUUCUGGCAGCAUCGUUUCCACUGUCGACUUAAAGGUCACCCGCAGGAGAGCCUCAAAUACAACCGCACCUGUAGCAAGCGAGAGUCGCUUCGGCAGCAGUAUGCACAGGACACUAAGAUGGGGUUUGUCAUUAAUGCCAUCUACUCGAUGGCAUAUGGCUUGCAUAACAUGCAACGGGCACUCUGCCCAGGCUAUCAGGGCCUGUGUGAUGCCAUGCGACCUAUAGAUGGUGCUACACUGCUGGACUUCUUGAUGAAAACCAACUUCACAGGCGUGUCAGGGGAGGGAAUCUUAUUCGAUGCUAACGGAGACUCACCUGGCAGGUAUGAAAUAAUGAACUUCAAAAAGAUGGGGAAGGACUACUAUGACUACAUUGUUGUUGGCAGCUGGGACAACAGAGGCUUAAAGAUAGAUGAUGAUGAAAUCUGGCCUAACAAAGACAGCGUGAUCAAGUCAGUCUGCAGUGAACCCUGUGAUAAAGGACAAAUUAAGGUUAUCCGUAAAGGUGAAGUGAGCUGCUGCUGGACGUGCACUCCCUGCAAAGAAAAUGAGAUUGUGUACGACGAGUACACCUGCCAAGCCUGUGAACUGGGCUCCUGGCCUACUUAUGACCUCACAGGCUGUGAAGCAAUCCCAGUGGAGUACCUGCGGUGGGGAGACCCGGAACCCAUUGCUGCUGUGGUCUUUGCCUGCCUCGGUCUAAUGUUCACCUUCUUUGUCACUGCAGUCUUCAUCAGGUUCCGUGAUACCCCAGUAGUGAAAUCUUCCAGUCGGGAGCUGUGCUACAUAAUACUGGCAGGGAUCUGCAUGGGGUACCUGUGUACCUUCAGCCUCAUAACCAAACCCCAUGUCAUCCACUGCUACCUCCAACGACUGGGAAUAGGCCUGUCACCUGCCAUGAGCUACUCUGCGCUUGUCACCAAGACAAACCGCAUCGCUCGGAUCCUGGCAGGCAGCAAGAAGAAGAUCUGUACAAAGAAACCUCGCUUCAUGUCUGCUUGCGCUCAGCUCAUCAUUGCCUUCCUCCUCAUACUGCUGCAGCUGGGCAUCAUCGUGGCUCUCUUCCUCAUGGAGCCUCCUGAGGUGAUCCAUGACUACCCCAGCAUCCGCCAGGUCAACCUCAUUUGCAACACCACUAACAUGGGUGUGGUUGCACCAUUGGGAUACAAUGGCCUGCUCAUCCUCAGCUGCACCUUCUAUGCCUUCAAGACUCGCAACGUCCCAGCUAAUUUCAAUGAGGCUAAGUACAUUGCUUUUACCAUGUACACCACCUGUAUUAUCUGGCUGGCCUUUGUACCCAUCUACUUUGGCUCCAACUACAAAAUUAUCACCAUGUGCUUCAGUGUCAGCCUCAGUGCCACUGUGGCGCUGUGCUGCAUGUUCGUACCCAAGGUGUACAUCAUUCUAGCUAAACCAGAGCGUAAUGUGCGCAGUGCCUUUACCACGAGCACAGUGGUGCGCAUGCACGUAGGCGACGGCAAAUCGUCCUCAGCCGCCAGCCGUUCAUCUAGUCUGGUUAACCUGUGGAAACGCAGAGGCUCCACCGGAGAGACACUCAGCUCCAACGGUAAAUCAGUGUCUUGGGCGCAGACGGAGCGUAGCGGCUCACGUGGCAACCACCUGUGGCAACGGCUGUCCUUCCACAUCAAGAGAAAGGAGAACAAUCAGACUGCGGUCAUCAAGCCCUUCUCCAAAACGUCGGAGGAGCGUUACUGCGGAGGGGGGGACCUGCCGCCGCACAUCCCUCUGCCCUCCCUUCCCUCCAUGUCCUUACUGUCCAUUCAUCCCGACUCUGGCAUAGACAAGACCCUGUACGAGCUCUCUGAAGCGGAGGAGCGCUACUCCAUCACAUACCGUCCGCAGACGCCCUCCCCAAUCAGUACGGUCAGCCAGAGGCUAGGGGCCGGGGUCGGGGAGGAGCCCCCGAUGACUGGGAUUCCAAACUACCCAAGCAGCAUCUGCAGCGGCGGCAGCGGCAGCGGCAGCGGCAGCGGCAGCGGCAGCAGUUGCGGUCCUCCCAGCAGCGGCUCUCUCGUCAUGGGGAGUGACGGCCGUUUGGUUAUUGUGGACGAUCACCCGGGACAGGCCCAGAGUUCACUGAUGGAUCAGAUCAGCUGCGUGGUAAACCGCUUCACCGCUAACAUCAGCGAGCUCAACAACAUGAUGUUAUAUUCCUCUCCAACGCACUCACACACGCACAAACACACGCCUCCUUCUCCCCACCCUGCCGACCCAUAUCUGCCUUCUCCCCACCCCGCCGACCCAUAUCUGUUGCCCCGUGAAAUCCAGAUGCCCCCGACCCUCACAACCUACGCUGAAGUCCAGCCCCUCCCACCUGUCGAGUCCAGCAUGGGGGGCCGGAGUGGCUGUCUUGUUCACCCUAACCCUCAUUCACCUUACCCCCUGCCGCCUCCUCAUGCCCAGACCUCUCCCUCUUUCUCCCCCAUGCGAGGUGGCCUGAUCACCUGCCUCAACCACUCGCCUCUCAGGAGGGGAGAGUUGGAAGAGGAGCUUAUUGCUUUGACUCCUCCGUCACCUUUCCGCGAUUCCCUGGCAUCUAGUAGUGGCUCACCUGUCUCGGAGAGAGAUCUGUGUCUCCCCCCAGUCCCCUCCCAUCCUCCUCCCUCUCCCCCUUCGCCAAGGUACAGCAGACUGACACUCGGAAACUACAGCCAGAGUUCAUCCUCACUGUGA